UCUCCGCCUCUGCCCACCACCUCCGUUACUCCUCCCUCGCCGCUCCACUCCUCUCGCCGCCGGCCGUCGGGAAGCUCCAUCAGCUCGAUCCAGCGGCUUGACAGCCAUGUCGGGGAGCUACUCCUCGCGGCUCCGCGCCGGGGGCGGCGGCGGGGGCCUGGGCGCGACGACGGUGCUGGCGGCCAAGGUGGCGUUCGCGUCGGCCGCGCUGGCCGCGGCCGCGUGCAUGGUGCCGCAGCUCGUGUCCGGCGCCGACGCCUUCCUCUGGAAGCUCUACCUCUUCGUCACCGUGCACGUCAUCAUCUUCGUCAUCUGGAAGCUCUCCGACAGCAAGCACUUCCACGCCGCGCAGCAGCAGCACAAGGACCCCUGGGCGCCGUCGCCGCUCCACCACCCCGCUGCCGCGGCGCCCCCGCUGCUGACGGAGCCGGCCGUGCUGGCCGCCGUCAAGCGCAGGGUGGACUUCGCGCCCGCCCCCGCCGUCUUCUCCGCCGCGCCGGCCGAGGUGUACCGCGUGCCCCCGCCCGUGUCGCGCUGGCACGAGGCUGCCGACUCGGCGGUGGUCGAGGAGGUCGUCUCCCCUGUCUCAUUCGGCGGCGAGUCGUGCGUCACCACGGAGUCCGAUGAGGACGCUUCCUCCGCCGCCGUGUCAGCCUACAUCGCCACCGCCGACGAGGGCAGGAGCGUCUCGCCUGGACUGGCGCCCGCACGGGAACACGCGGUCCUCGAGCGUGGGGUCUCCCUGCCCCCUCGCCGGGCUACCGCGCCCACGGACGAACACUUCGACGGCGCCGACGACAACCACGACGGCGGCGGCGGCGACGACGACCUGGACGCGACGUGGAACGCCAUCAUGCAGAAGACGCGCCCGGCGACGGCGCCGGCCGCAUCCACCACCUCCCCUCCAGCCCCACGCUCGUCGCCUCCCCGGCCAACCCCAUCGCCGCGGCCGCGAGCCCGGGAGCCUUCCGUCGGCGCGGCGGAGCUGAGCAAGCGGUCAGAGGAUUUCAUCAAGAAGAUCCACAACUCCUUCGGCCGGCACCAAUAAUCCCACCCACCCACCCACCAUCAUCCCCAAAAUCCCAAGCCAAUCCAAAUCAAAAAUUUCUCGGCUGUGUAAAGAUCAUAUCCCCUUAAAUUAGUCUUUCUUCUUCCCUUCCUGGUGUGCCCUGUACCGAUCGCCGGAGCAGAGGCGAGGCGAGCUCGUCAGAACCGCCACAUUUAGCCUGUGAAGGUUCUGGAUGUUCUGGAUGGAUGGUGGUGCUGUGGGACUAGCAGUGUGGCUGGCUGGAGAUGAUCCUGACCUUUUAAUGUGCUGAAAUGAUGGUUUGGUUGGUGCAUGCUUGGUUGUUAGGUUAUCUCUUUGUUUUUUGGGUGGUUCUAUUCCCCUCUGGUGGUGGCCUGGACCUGCAUCUGUUCUUGGUUGCUUUCCAUACUACAGCUCUUAUACAGAUUAUCACAACAGUGCUUUUUUUAUGACAUCACAACAGUGCAAA